CCCCGCCCCGCCUCCCUCCUCCGCAGCGUUGCUGGGCCUGGACUCUUGUACCGGACCCUGCGGAGCGAGGACCGGGUUUUCCAGCUGCGAGCAACCAUGGCGCAAGAAGACGUGGCCAGCGAGACGGCCGAGGCGAGCAGCCCGGGCCUGCUGCUGGAGAUCGUGAGCUCCCCGCUCAACCUCAGCCUGCUGGGCCUCUGCCUCUUUCUCCUCUACCAAAUCGUGCGCGGCGAUCGGCCCCGGGCCCAGCCCGACGGCGAGGAGGAGCCCCCGCCGCCGCCCAAGCUCAAGCGCCGCGACUUCACGCGGGCCGAGCUGCGCCCCUACGACGGCGUCCAGAACCCGCGCAUCCUGAUGGCCAUCAACGGGAAGGUCUUCGACGUGAGCCGCGGCAGGAAGUUCUACGGGCCGGAUGGCCCUUAUGGUAUUUUUGCUGGAAGAGACGCAUCCAGAGGCCUUGCUACUUUCUGCCUGGAUAAAGAGGCGCUGAAGGAUGAACAUGACGAUCUUUCUGAUCUCGACGCCACACAGAGAGAGACCUUGAACGAUUGGGAACAACAGUUUAUGUUUAAAUACCACCACGUAGGCAAACUGCUGAAAGAUGGUGAAGAGCCCACUGUCUAUUCAGAUGAAGAAGAAACAAAAGAUCCUGAACAACGCAAGAAAGAUUAGCAAGCACCUAGAAGAAAAAUCUGGAGAGUUUUUGGAUUUUUCAAGGACCCUUUGUCACAUUCCAGUUCUAUUUUAACCAAUUUGAACAUCAGCCCUGUUUUAGAAAUGGUAAGCGCUUAUAGGUGAUUUGGUGGUCAUUAAACACGUUUUAAUCAACAUUCCCAAGAAAAUUGCCAGACAACACUGAGUUGCUUAAAUCCAGACUGCAUGAUCCAAAUUGGAAUUGCAGCUAAAACUACCCAAUACUGUAUGUUGACUAAGAAAGUACAUUUGCCCAAGCCCCUAUGCUCUGCCAAUCAUUUGCUGGUACUUGGUAAAGGGGCUUCUGCAUAAGUCCCAUUAAAGAAUCACUGCAAAUCUAGAUGGCACCCAAACAAGCACAUUCCUCUAUAGGAUGUGAAUUUAUGGAGGUCAGCUUUCCUGAAAUAUCUUGGACCACAAUUAGCAUCUCUUUACAACAGUAAUGUGUAAAAAAGUUGGCCCUGGACCAGCUGCUGUUACAUCCUCCCCCUACUUACAAUAACUUUUAAAUGAAUUCUGUCUGUCCUUUUGAAAUUUCUAUGCUUCAAGUAGAGUUCAGAUCAUUGUAAAUAUAGUGGUGAAGGGACAGUAUGGCUUAUUCAUAAUGUACAAAAUGAGUAUGGAAUGUAUUUUUUUUAAACUUGCCUUUUUUCUAUAGCUAUUUACAUCCAAGCAUAUAAUUAGUAUAGUCAACCAGACUGGUUUUAAACUUUUCCGCUUAAUGAAGUUAAAUGCCUUCUGAUUCUGAGAGCCAUGCAAACCAAACAGAGACUGACAACUUCAUUUAUUUUGAACAUACUUGUCACUGACUUAUAAGACCUUAUAACAGGUGAUUACUAAAGGAGUGGAUACACACAGCCAAAUCAGAUAUUUAUACUUGGAAAAGGGUGUGGGCAGCCGUAGAGCAGUCAGCCUUCUAAAAUCAACCUUUUAAAAUGGUCUCACUUAAAAGUGAUAGACAGCAGGUGCUCCAUCCAAAGAUGGUACAUUAGAGAGAAAUGCUAAGAAGGGUCUGUGUCUGUUUUUGCUGCUAGCAAUUGGCUUUUGCUUGCCACCAUUUUCAAACACACUACAUACAAGAAAAGACUAAAGGAAGCAAAUGAGUUGUGCCUUGGGGAAAAAGAAAUAAAAAAUGAGAACAAUGGUAUAGCAAGACACCUUCUCUUUAUCAGGCAAGCAUGGUUACCCGUCUGGAAUUUGACAAUGCCUGUUUUGUAUCAGAUUGAAAGUUAAAUCCUUGCACCAGAAUUUUUUGACUCCCAUAAGCUAAGUGGCCAUUGGACAUGUGGAAAUCCACUAGGGAGGGAUGUUAACAAAUUCUGAAGCUUGGGAGGAAGGGCAGAAUGGAGAAAUAAACUUUCAGUAGGAACAGUUCAGGUUGGAUGGAAGAACAUCUUCCUAGCUGAGAACUAGUUGGGCAACGGAAGAGGUUGCCAGGGUAAGUUGUAGAACAUGCUUUCUUGUAGCUGAAUCAUCUGGGUAACCACUGAUUACAUAUGAUUUAAAUCUAGGAUAGCAGUGUCCAAAUAGCAUUGAUUUCAGAACUUGAAAGCUUACUCUUCAUUUAAAAGAAUAAUUCAGACAAGUUUUACCAAAAGACAACUUGUUCUCUAUCAUUGGAUUUUGGCCUGUAAUGUGAAAUUGCAGAGCAAACUGCACAAGUCAGCACAUUAAGGCAAGGUUACAUGUGCACUCUGGUACCCUUUUGCAAUGUGCAGAGGUUUGUCAGAUGGCAAAUGAGGGGAAUUCCUACAGUGGAAACAGUUGGAUUAAGUGACUUCAGUUGCUAUGAAAUGUUGCAAGGUUGGUAUAGCAAUAAGCUGUGUUGUUUUAAUGGGUCCUUUUCCUUUCUCUCCCCAGUUUCUUCACACAAAGCAAUAGUACUGUUGCAUUUUUAAAAUAAGUUUCACUGCUCAGAAAGUUUGUCUGAUGAUAAAAGCAGUGUUCAGAACCACUCAACAGCCCAUCCUUAAUGUGAGAAAUACCUUAUAUAAAAAAAAAUUCUUUUUGCCUGUUAGUAACACUGCACCGUAAAGAGAUUUUUGUUGGCUGAAGUGUUAUGACCUACCUCUGGAAGUCCUAGACUAAUAAAACAUUCAAGCAUUGCUGCGUUCCUCCUUUAAAAGUCACUUGUGAUCCUUGCAAAACUUUGAAUGACAGUUCCAAAGCAGGGACAAAAAGCUUGUACUUGAUUUUAAAAAAUAAACCAAUCUUCCUAAACA